GUGCCACGGACAGUCUCUGUGAUUGGUGGGUUCUCUCUGACGUCAUGGCCAUCAUGGCCGCCUCCUCGUGCUGUGCAUGUGCGUGAGCGGCUGCUGUGUAGUCAAACACAGACGACGCAGAAGAUGAAGGUCAAGAAGUCUCGGCUGAUCUCCUCCAAAAGAGGGGUUGUGGUGAAGGGCCAGUGGAAGGCGGUGAAUGUGGACCCCAGUGUGUUCUGUGAUGAGGGUCUGGAUGGACUGGUGUGUUUCGAGGAGCUGACCGAUUACUCCCUGGUGGAGCCGGAGAAGGCCAUGACUGCGCAGGAGCACGCCCAGACCACCAGCAGAGGCAGAAAGAAGAGAAAAGCGGAAGAAAAACCUGCUAGAAAGAAGAAAAAGAGGCAGAAGAAAAGCAACCCGGAGGAGGAACCUCAGGACGUUCCUGAUGAGACGCUGGAAGCGGAGGAUGAGAUCUCACCGGACCAGUGUCCUGAUGUGACUCCAGAGACACAGCACAAGACGUCCAAGAAGAAGAAGAAGCAGCAGCAGCGGAAGAAGAAGAAGACAGAUGAGGCAGGAGCUCAGUCUCGGAAGAAGAGCAAGAACUGGAGCAGGCCGGCUCUCGUGGGAUCAGAGGGUCCGAGUGCAGACGUGUCGGCGUGGAAGGACCUGUUCGUACCUGAGCCUGUUUUAAAAGCUCUGAGUGUACUUGGGUUUUCAGCGCCGACUCCGAUCCAGGCCCUGGCGCUGCCGCCGGCCGUCAGAGACCGACUGGACAUCGUGGGAGCGGCGGAGACCGUUCCAGAGAUCAGUGUGGUUGACCUGUUGACGUGUCGUUGCGCAGGUGUUAAGACGGCGAUCGUGGUUGGCGGGAUGGCUCCGCAGAAACAGCAUCGUGUGCUGAUGCACCGGCCGGAGAUCGUCAUCGGCACACCGGGACGCCUGUGGGAGAUGAUCCGAGAGAAACACCCGCACCUGCAGAACCUGCGCCAGCUGCGGUGUCUGGUGAUCGACGAGGCCGACCGCAUGGUGGAGAAGGGCCACUUCGCGGAGCUGGAGAACCUGCUGGAGAUGCUCAACACGUCCCAGUUCAACCCCAGCAGACAGACGUUCGUGUUCUCGGCCACGCUGACGCUGGAGCACAGCCUGCCGGCGCGCCUGCAGCAGAAGAAGCGCAAGCGCACCGAGCGCAGCAGACUGCAGCUCCUGAUGGAGAAGGUGGGCAUCAAAGACAAGCCCAAAGUCAUCGACCUGACGCGCAAGCAGGCCACGGUGGAGACGCUGACGGAGACCCGCAUCAACUGCACCAAGGAGGAGAAGGACCUGUUCCUGUACUACUUCCUCCUGCAGUAUCCCGGCCGCAGCAUGGUGUUCGCCAACAGCAUCGACUGCAUCAAGCGUCUGAGCGCGCUGCUGCUGAUCCUGGACUGCGCUCCUCUGCCGCUGCACGCUAACAUGCACCAGAAGCAGCGUCUGAAGAACCUGGAGCGCUUCGCUGAGAAGGACAGCUGUGUUCUCCUCACCACUGACGUCGCUGCUCGAGGCCUGGACAUCCCUAACGUUCAGCAUGUCAUACACUAUCAGGUUCCUCGCACGUCUGAGACGUACGUCCACCGCAGCGGCCGAACCGCCCGCGCCGCCAGAGAGGGCCUGAGUCUGCUGCUGAUCGGGCCUGACGACCUGAUGAACUACAAGAAGAUCUGCAGAACCCUGCAGAAGAGCGAGGAGCUGCCUGUGUUUCCCGUGCAGAGCCACUGCAUGAGCGCCAUCAAGGAGCGCGUGACUCUGGCCCGGAAGAUCGAGAAGAUGGAGUACUUCCACAGCCGAGAGAAGCAGCACAACUCGUGGGUGCGGCAGGCGUCCGAGGCGCUGGAGAUCGACGUGGACGAUGACCUGCUGCUGGGAGGCGGUGAGGACGAGGACGAGGAGCGAGAGCAGCAGAGGUUAAUCAGGAGCCUGAAGAAGCAGCUCAAGCAGCUGAUCGCGCAGCCAGUGUUCACACACCAGAUGAAGACCAAGUACCCCACACAGAUGGGCAAGCUGCAGCUGCCCCUGAGCACAGCCAACACUGCGCUGAGCAGCCUGAGCCGCGACACACUCCCGCGCUAGCACAGGGUCCGCUGCUGACACAGACCUGUGCUGAUGCUGUGUCUCAGGAGCAGGGUUAGGAAGCACACGUCUGUGCAUGCAACACAGUCACAUCUCUAUAGUGGAUUAAAAUUAAACAUUUAGUGCAAACACAAACCUGGUUAUUUAUAAUGAACUCUAGAACUUUUCUGUCGCAUAAAGUGAAAAAACUUUAAUUGGAAUCCAAAAUUUAUGUGCAUUUAUUUUCCCUAAUUUUUCUACAUUUUAAUGACUUGUUUAGUGUUAAAUCUGCCAGUUUUUCUACGUGUGCAUUUCCCCCAGAGCUUUUACUCUCAUGUCGUUUGAUUUUCUUCUGCUGAUGGUCAAAGGCUGAAGUUAACUUGAAAAACUUGUAAAAAUGAGCUUCAGAUUGAACUGAAACGUCACACUGUGUUUAUGAAAUAAUUUUUGAAAUGAUUUCACAGAAUUACUGAUAAACCAGUUAUUUUCAAGUUGAAUAAAAACAUUUGAACAGAA